AUGGCGUCAAAGCGUGAGAAAGAAGAAAGGGUUUUCAGUAAUAUUCCUUGUGAUAUUCUUGUGGAGAUUCUUUCAAGACUCGAUGACAAAUCUCUCAAACGGUGUGAGUGCGUCUCUAAAACUUGGCUCUCUCUUCUACGGACUCCUUAUUUUAUCGAUCUUCACUUCCACCAUCAUCCACCUCUACCUCGCCUAGCUUUCCUCCAGGACAACAUUGUAAGUUCUCCAUCUUUAUCCAUUUGUGAUCCUCACACUUUUAAUGAAAUUUCUUCACACAAAUUACCCUUUCUUGAAGAGGGUCCAACAAAUAUGUCAAUUAUGGGCAGUGAUAAUGGCGUACGUGAUUAUACUACUACUGUAGUUGGACUUGGCUAUAAUCACUUGACCACUGAUUUAAAAGUGGUACAGUGCACAUCUUUAACUGAGGUUGGUUAUGAUGAUCGCUCUAGUAAUGUGUUUAAAGAGGGUAAUCAAGUUUGGAUUUAUAGUUUGAGAAGCGAUUCGUGGAGGAAAAUAGUAAUGCCUAACAUAUUUUCAGAGUUUGUAAUACCUACUUCUGAUAUAGAAGCUCUUAUUUGUGCUGUGGAUUGCUCUGUUGUUCUCAAUGAGUGCAUUAAUUGGAUGGUAUGCUUUGCAAAUAGAACUAAAACUUUCCAGUUAUGUAUAGGGAUAGUUGUUUUGAUAUAA